GGGGAGACCACAGAACCGCAGCCAUGCCCCAUGAGAAGAGUUUCUUGGUGUCUGGGGACAGCUAUCCUCCCCCCAACCCUGGAUAUCCUGGAGGGCCCCAGCCCUCCAUGCCUCCCUACCCUGGGGUCCCUUACCCACAGCCCCCAUUCCAGCCUUCCCCCUAUGGCCAGCCAGGAUAUCCCCAGGGCCCCAGCCCUUACCCCCAAGGGGGCUAUCCUCAGGGCCCCUACCCCCAAGGGGGCUAUCCUCAGGGGCCCUAUCCCCAAGGGGGCUACCCUCCGGACCCCUACUCCCAAGGGGGCUACCCUCAGGGGCCGUAUCCGCAGAGUCCCUUUCCUCCCAACCCCUAUGGACAACCACAGGCCUUCCCGGUACAGGAUCCUGACUCACCUCAGCACGGGAACUAUCACGAGGAGGGACCCCCGUCCUACUAUGACAAUCAGGACUUCCCUGCCACCAACUGGGAUGACAAGAGCAUCCGCCAGGCCUUCAUCCGGAAGGUGUUCCUGGUGCUGACCCUGCAGCUGUCCGUGACACUCUCCACCGUGGCUGUGUUCACGUUCGUUGGGAAGGUGAAGGACUUUGUCCGGGAGAACGUCUGGACCUACUACGUCUCCUACGCGGUGUUCUUCACCUCCCUCAUUGUCCUCAGCUGCUGUGGGGACUUCCGGCGAAAGCACCCCUGGAACCUUGUUGCACUGUCGAUCCUGACCGUCAGCCUGUCCUACAUGGUGGGCAUGAUCGCCAGCUUCUACAACACUGAGGCGGUCAUCAUGGCUGUAGGCAUCACCACAACCGUCUGCUUCACAGUGGUCAUCUUCUCCAUGCAGACCCGCUACGACUUCACCUCGUGCAUGGGCGUGCUCCUGGUGAGCAUGGUGGUACUGCUCAUCUUCGCCAUCCUCUGCAUCUUCAUUCGGAACCGCAUCCUGGAGAUCGUGUACGCUUCACUCGGUGCACUGCUCUUCACCUGUUUCCUGGCAGUGGACACCCAGCUGCUGCUGGGGAACAAGCAGCUGUCCCUAAGCCCAGAGGAGUACGUGUUUGCCGCGCUGAACCUGUACACGGACAUCAUCAACAUCUUCCUGUACAUUCUCACCAUCAUCGGCCGUGCCAAGGAGUAGCCCGAGCCCUCAGCUUGUGCGGGGCCCCACUCAGGUGGCGUGGCUGGUCUGGAUCUUGCACCUGGCGUGGCAGUGCCAUCUGUACCUCCCCUCUCUUGUCCCCGAGCACAGCCUGGGACAGAGGGAGCCCCUCUCCGACCCUCUUGUGUGCGUACACUGCAGAUACUUCUGUUUGGACCCGCUGUGGCCAGCAUGGCCCCUUCUAGCCCUCCCGCCCCGCCAAAGGGCAGCGGGGCCGGGUUUCUGUGCCACCUCCUGCCCACUCACUGUUGCAUGAGCCCCGUCUGCCAGCCCACCCCAGGGUCUGGAGGGCAACACCAGGUCCUAGGGGAGAGGGAUCGAGCCAAGAGGUGAGGGUGCACGUCUCCCCUCCUGUCCCAACUCCCCUGCCUGGCAUAGAGUCUCCCCAUCCCCUCCCCACCCACACCCCGAAGCGCUGCCCUCUGGGGGGCCUGAGGGGUGAGGGUCUCAUCCCUGUGCCGAGCCCUGAAGGCAGAGAGGAUGGGAAUAUUCGGGGGAGGAGGAUGCCUUCCUCUCAUUCUGCUGUCUUUAAAAUUCUAAUAAAGGGGAUCUUCUCUCUCCGUU